CUAGAAGCCAAUCACUUUCCCAGAAACUUCGCACCCAUUAAUUUCGUUUCCACAGUUCGAAAAAUUCCAGGAAGGUGGAGCCACUGCAAUUCUUGUUAUGGUAAAUACAUACAUAUCGUCGUCUCCCUCGCCGUUCUAGAAAAGCACCCGCCGCCAGUUUCACGAACAUGUCGGACAUGGCCAACACUCACAAGCGCAGCUUGGAAGUCACCGUCAUCUCCGGCGAAGACCUCCACAUCAACGACCGGCCCAUCAAGAACAACGCCUUCGUCACUGUCACGGCUGACACUCGCAGCUCGCCAUCGUCGUACGACUCGACAAAACUCAACGCCCCGGGGGAGAGCUACCCUUUCUGGAACGAGAAGCUGCAAAUAAGCUUACCUGCGGGCUCGCGCCACGUCGUCAUCGAGGUCCGCCGGUGGAGCUCCUCGGGUAGGGAUAAGCUCGUCGGGGCGGCGUGGAUUCCCGUGUCGGACUUCCUCGGAUGCUACACGCCGGAGGAUUACCUGCAUUUCUUGAGUUACAGGCUGAGAGACGCCAAUGGCCAGCGCAAUGGGAUAGUCAAUAUCUCGGUGAGGGUCGUCACGUCGUCUUCAUCGACGUCGGUACCGGAGUUCGGGAUUACAGUGGAUCGGGAGAAGACGGGCAGGGCAGUAACCGGCAUGCCUGUUUGGUAUCCAAAUCAAUGCAAAUCUUGAGAGACGCGUGUUUUUCCAAAUAAAAUUUUCAAGAGGAGAAUAAUAUAUUAAUAUUGAUGAGUUUGGUUUGGUUUGGUUUUGGUCGUGAAAGUGAUCGUCGCUUGGCGUAGCGUCAAGCGUGUAACUGCACACGACGAUUUCUUAGGCUUAAUACUUGAUGUUUUUAGUCCCUAUUUAACCGAUUCGAUCUGGUAGAGGGUGAAUCUCCCAUAUGGGAUUUUGCUUUUGCGUAGCUGAGUUGAGGCAUUCUUUAACUGGCCAAAAAGAAAAUCAUGGUA